ACUCUGACACUUCCCGGAAGUUCUCCCCAACUGUUUUCGCUGCCAGAGGGGGAUUUGAGUGCGAAAAUGGCGACGUCUCGUCGCAUUUCCCAGCACCACCAACAACAAAACUUAUCCUCCCCACCAAGACCCGACCCCAGUCCCCUCACGCCUCCAGAAUCACCCACAGACACCGGCGGCUCUGCGGCUGGUGGGGAGCCGGAAAGCAUCGGGGAUCCGGAGAUCACUGCAGAAAUCCCCACUCCGCUCCUCAGCAGCACCAGCAGCAGCAGCAGCAGCUCCAGCUCGAGCAGCAGUAGCUCGUCUACCACCGGCGGGGGCAGUAGUGCGGGCUCCACUCCCGACUCCGGUAGUGCCAGUCCUGGAGGCAGCGUCUGCGGGACGAGUGGGGCUUUCAGGGAGCUAUUUGAGGCCUGCAGGAAUGGGGACGUGUCUCGGGUGAAGAGGCUGGAUUCGGUCAAUGUAAACGCAAAGGACAUGGCCGGGCGCAAGUCCACCCCGCUUCACUUCGCUGCAGGUUUUGGAAGGAAAGACGUUGUGGAACAUCUCCUGCAGACGGGGGCGAAUGUGCACGCAAGAGACGAUGGAGGUUUGAUCCCGCUGCACAACGCCUGUUCCUUCGGUCACGCCGAGGUGGUCAACCUGUUGCUUUGUCAAGGAGCCGAUCCCAAUGCCAGAGACAACUGGAAUUACACUCCGCUCCAUGAAGCUGCCAUCAAGGGCAAAAUUGACGUAUGCAUUGUUCUGCUCCAGCACAACGCCGAUCCCAACAUCCGCAACACCGACGGCAAGUCUGCCCUGGACCUGGCUGACCCGUCCGCUAAAGCUGUUCUCACCGGUGAAUACAAGAAGGACGAACUCCUGGAAGCUGCGAGGAGCGGAAAUGAAGAGAAGCUCAUGGCCCUGCUCACGCCAUUAAAUGUCAACUGCCAUGCCAGCGACGGUCGUAAGUCGACAUCGCAAAAAAUGCUGUCUACUCCGUUGCACCUGGCAGCAGGAUACAACAGAGUCCGAAUAGUUCAGCUUCUGCUGCAACAUGGCGCUGAUGUUCAUGCUAAAGAUAAAGGUGGUCUUGUUCCUCUACACAACGCCUGCUCAUAUGGACACUAUGAGGUUACAGAGCUACUGCUAAAGCAUGGGGCGUGUGUUAAUGCCAUGGACCUCUGGCAGUUCACCCCUUUGCAUGAGGCUGCCUCCAAGAAUCGUGUGGAAGUGUGUUCCCUGCUGCUGAGUCACGGAGCCGAUCCCACGCUGGUCAACUGCCACGGGAAGAGCGCGGUGGACAUGGCCCCAACCCCAGAACUCAAAGAGAGGCUCACAUACGAGUUUAAGGGCAACUCUCUUCUUCAGGCGGCACGGGAAGCAGACAUGACCAAGGUGAAGAAGACCCUAGCUUUGGAGAUCAUCAACUUCAAGCACCCACAGACGCAUGAGACGGCACUGCACUGUGCUGUAGCCUCACCUCACCCAAAACGAAAACAGGUCACUGAACUGCUGCUAAGAAAAGGAGCCAAUGUCAAUGAGAAGAACAAAGACUUCAUGACGGCUCUACAUGUGGCAGCAGAACGGGCGCACAAUGACAUCAUGGAGGUUCUGCAGAAACAUGGGGCGAAGAUGAAUGCUGUUGACACGCUGGGUCAGACUGCAUUACACCGGGCAGCUCUGGCUGGACACUUGCAGACAUGCAGGCUACUUUUGAGUUAUGGAGCUGACCCCGCCAUCGUCUCCCUGCAGGGCUUCACAGCCGCACAGAUGGGCAAUGAAGCUGUACAGCAGAUCCUAAAUGAAAACAUUCCAGUGAGGAACUCAGACGUGGAUUAUAGACUUUUAGAAGCAGCAAAAGCAGGAGACCUGGACACUGUGAAGCAACUUUGCUCCCCUCAGAAUGUGAACUGUCGAGACCUGGAGGGCCGUCACUCCACACCGCUACACUUUGCCGCCGGCUACAACCGUGUGGCCGUGGUUGAGUAUCUCCUGCACCACGGCGCUGACGUCCACGCCAAAGACAAAGGAGGUUUGGUGCCGCUGCAUAACGCCUGCUCGUACGGCCAUUACGAAGUGGCAGAGCUGCUGGUCAGACACGGAGCGUCUGUCAACGUGGCUGACCUGUGGAAGUUCACUCCGCUGCACGAGGCUGCAGCCAAGGGCAAAUACGAGAUCUGCAAACUGCUUCUGAAGCAUGGAGCAGACCCCACCAAGAAGAAUCGGGAUGGAAACACGCCAUUGGACAUGGUGAAGGAGGGAGACACAGAUAUCCAGGACUUGCUGAGAGGAGAUGCAGCACUUUUGGAUGCCGCCAAAAAAGGCUGCCUGGCCCGGGUCCAGAAACUGUGCAGCUUGGAGAACAUCAACUGCAGAGACACACAGGGACGCAACUCGACUCCGCUGCACCUGGCAGCUGGCUACAACAAUCUGGAGGUAGCAGAGUAUUUACUUGAGCACGGGGCGGAUGUCAACGCACAGGACAAAGGUGGCCUUAUUCCCCUCCACAAUGCGGCCUCGUAUGGGCAUGUGGACAUCGCGGCCCUGCUGAUCAAGUAUAGCACCUGUGUAAAUGCCACUGAUAAAUGGGCCUUCACACCCCUCCAUGAAGCUGCGCAGAAGGGCCGCACACAGCUCUGCGCUCUGCUGCUGGCCCACGGGGCCGACCCCACCAUGAAGAACCAGGAGGGCCAGACGCCUCUGGACUUGGCGACGGCUGAUGAUAUCCGGGCGCUGCUGAUUGAUGCCAUGCCUCCUGAAGCGUUGCCUAGUUGUUUCAAGCCCCAGGCUACAGUGGUCAGUGCCUCUGUCAUCUCUCCAACAUCCACACCUUCCUGUCUGUCUGCCGCUAGCAGCAUAGACAAUCUGGCCGGACCCCUGGCAGAGCUAGCUGUACCUGGAGCCUCAGGCCCUGCUGAUGGGGCUUCUGAAUCAGAGAGGAAAGAGGGAGAAAUUACAAUUCUGGAUAUGAACAUCAGUCAGUUCCUGAAAAGUUUGGGUUUGGAGCAUUUGCGGGAUAUUUUUGAGCGGGAACAGCUUCGACUCCACGAGGGUGAGCCCGUGGGAUGCGAUUGGGAUACUGCACCAAACCCGCCGCUCAUUUGCACACAGAUGAACAGAAAUGGUCUUGGCAGCCACCAGCUGGGAAGAGCGCUUGAUAUUACACUGGAUGUGCUGGCUGACAUGGGGCACGAGGAGCUCAAGGAGAUUGGGAUCAACGCGUACGGCCACAGACACAAACUCAUCAAAGGCAUUGAGAGGCUGCUGGGCGGUCAACAAGGUGCCAACCCAUACCUGACCUUCCACUGUGCGAGUCAGGGCACGGUGCUGAUCGACCUGGCCCCUGAUGACAAAGAGUUUCAGUCAGUAGAGGAGGAGCUGCAGAAUACGAUCAGAGAGCACAGGGAUGGUGGCAAUGCUGGGGGUGUUUUCAGCAGAUACAACAUCCUGAAGAUCCAAAAGGUGGUGAACAAGAAGCUGAGGGAGCGAUACGCACACAGGCAGAAGGAGAUCGCAGACGAGAACCACAACCACCACAACGAGCGCAUGCUCUUUCACGGGUCACCGUUCAUCAAUGCCAUCAUUCAUAAAGGCUUUGAUGAAAGGCACGCUUACAUAGGGGGGAUGUUUGGAGCAGGGAUUUACUUUGCAGAGAACUCCUCUAAAAGCAACCAGUAUGUGUACGGCAUCGGAGGAGGGACAGGCUGUCCCACACAUAAAGACCGCUCCUGUUACAUCUGUCACAGGCAGAUGCUGUUUUGCCGGGUGACUCUGGGUAAAUCCUUCUUGCAGUUCAGUGCCAUGAAGAUGGCCCACGCUCCUCCAGGGCACCAUUCCGUCAUCGGCCGACCCAGCGUCAAUGGGUUAGCCUACGCCGAAUACGUCAUCUACCGAGGGGAACAGGCCUACCCAGAGUACCUCAUCACAUACCAGAUCAUCAAGCCAGACAGCACACCUCCAUCCCCGGCAGCAGCGGAGCAGAAGUCCUAGUCCACACGGGCGGCCCUGCGAAACGCUCAAGACUGUUACCCAAACAUCUCACACACAUCCACAGACGCCUCCUCAUCUGACAGGAAUCACAUCCUCUCACCCAUAAACCUCUGCGCUGCCUCUUUAAUUUGCAGUCAGGCUCCAUUUAUGUCACGUUGAGUGUUUACAAGAACGAGUUGCCUUGGCUGGCCGUGUCCUGGCCUUCCUUUUCAGGAAGGAUGAGGAUAUCGGCCAUAAUGCUGUUUCAGGGCUAAACGAAAGGACUCGCCUGCUCCAUGAAAGACAACAAGUGACCUCUUCCCCAUCAUUCUAUUAAAUUUAACACUGUUCAGGCAUUAACUUCCUUUCUUUGAAAUGGUUUUACUAUUACUGUGAUUAAUUACCUUUCUGUUUUAUUGUCAUGUUUGAGUCACAAUAAUGGACCACGUCUCAAAGGGACCCGACAUUUCAGCAAUCCUCCUUUCCAUUAUUGAAGUUCACUGAAGACCCUGAAAAUCUCAUUGUUGUGGUUUAAUGCAUUUAAAAAAAAAAAAAGCCUUAGAGGGGUUUUAAAGCAAAAGAUUGUUGAUGCAGAGAUCAGAACUAUUCAAAAGACCUUUGACAACAAAAUAGCAAAAAUUGUAUGCUUUUAUUCCUUUUUUUUGUUUGUUUGUUUUUUAACAUAUCUUUGCACAGGAAUACUAGUCAGAAUGUCCCAUUCCAUUGCCAUAGCCCAAUCGGAAAAUGCAUCUUUUAAAGAAUUUGCACUUUAAGCAGGUCUUAAGUUUUUCCGAAUAAUUUUAAAGACGUAGGUUAAAAAAAAAAGUCCAGUAAUGUACAGGUUGUGUAAUGGACAAUGCCUUUGUAUAGCUUUUAAUGUUGUUUACCGAUGCAGAGUACUGUAAAGGAAAUGGGAAUUCUUGUUUUCAGAUCUUUCCUUCUAUAUUUUCGGACGUCCAAGUGACUUCGCUUCGGAAGUCGCUGCUUUUGCUUUCAAUAUGUUUUGGAUCACAACCACAAGAAUUCCUCAGUCUUGCUCAUUCCAGUCUUGUUUCUCUGGCGUCAGAGAAACGCCUCUUUUACGAGGGUCUCUGUAACGCUUUUCCUGUUACACACUACUGAUAUCAGUGGCUCUGCUGACUCGCAUUCAUGUUACAGAAUGAAAUGAAGGACGUGGCUCUACCUCUGAAAGUCUCAUGGUUUGGUUGCUUUGCUCAGGUGUAGUCUGUGGUUCUGUACUUGUGUACUGGAGGUCAUCCGCCUUACUCCAGGAUUCUGUGUGUUCAGACCAGAGAGAAAGAGAGCAGACCUUUCUUCUUCUCUUAGUAGUAUGAGCACAGACAUGUCCACUGCUCCCCCUCAAGCCAAAAUUUAGGAGACCAACUCCUGAACUAUUUCUCAAUUGUUUGAGCUGUAUUUUUACUUCAUUUUCAUGUUCCUGUGAACUUUAAUCAGAAACGGCUUAUCUGCCAUAAGCCAUCUUCGGACUAAUCAAACACUUCUCAAUCAUGUAAAAAGGUCUUAAUAAAGUACAUGUCAUAAA